UCGGCCAUCCGCGGUGUUCCUUACCAGGAAAUUGGUAGCGCGCGCCUCCCCUCGCCCGCCGGUGUAAAGUGUCUUAAUAGUCAAUUCCAGUCAAUUGGAUUGAUGCGAGAACUGAUAACACACCCCAAAUCGCUCCCGAUACUCCUCGCCCCGGCCCGUUCCGCCCAGCAGUGUGUAGACGCCCCACCAUUGGCUGCCGCCUCCGCGAAAAGCCAAUGGGAGGCGCCAGGCGGCCGGCGGGGCGUGGCCAGCGGGACGGCGGAGUGUGUGAGCGGGCAGCGGGCGUGGGGGGGCGUGGCUCGGCAGUCAAAAGUGAUUUAUGGUCAGUGAAGAGCCAUGGAUGCUCACUUGGGAGUGCCGCGCGGAGUGUGACCAACGCCUCGCCGCCGCCACGUGUUGCUCCUGCCGCCGCGGACUGACAGACUCGCGCCGCGACGCCCGUGUGUGUGCGCCGCGCCAGGACAGACAGACGCCCUGCUGCGGGAGUGGAGACUCGUGUCCUGAACUGAAUUUGUACAAAGUGGCGUCAGGCGGCGGGAAAAUGGUGGAGACGGGAGGCGUGCGGUCUGCGGGGUCCUCGCCCGUGUCCUCCUCGCUGCCGCCCCCGGGCCUGCCACUGGCGGGCAUGGCGGCGUCCCUGGCCGAGCCGCUGGUGCCCACGUCACUGCCCUGCCUCGCGCCGCUGCCCCACUACCCUUACCCCGCCUACCUGCACCACCUCUCCCAGUACAUGGGCGCCGCGGACCCCAUCAAACAGUACCUGGCGGCGGGUGACCCCCUCAAGCACUACCUCACCUCGGAGCACCUCAAGUACCUGCUGCCGGAGCACAUGCGCCUCUACCUGGGCCACGACCCCCUCAAGGGCUACCACGCCUCGCCCGCCGACCACCUCAAGGUGCCCCUUCAGAUCUCAGACCCACUCAAGAACUACGCCUCGGCCUCCGAGCACCUACGCUGCCUGGCCUCCGGCGAGGUCACCGAAGGGGGCGGCCUGCCGCCGGUCUCGCGGGCACAGUCCUCCGUCUUCACUAUUGAGAGCCUGCUGGCGCCCAGGACGUCGUCGGGGGCGCCGCGCCUGCCGCCUUCCCCCUUCCCCACCAUCCCCCGCUCCCACUACGACCUUCUAGGAACCAGCCAGUAUCCGGGUCUGUACUCCGCGUCCCUGUUCGGCGGGUCGGGCGCUGGCGGGAAGCGGAAGCGGCGCCACCGGACCAUCUUCACCGAGGAGCAACUUGAGGAGCUCGAGAGAACCUUCGCCAAGACCCAUUAUCCCGACGUCCUCCUCAGGGAACAGCUGGCCCUCAAAGUCGACCUCAAGGAAGAGCGUGUGGAGGUGUGGUUCAAGAAUCGGCGGGCCAAGUGGCGCAAACAAAAGCGUGAGGAACAGGAGCGACUUCGGCGACUACGGGACGACGCAGGGCAGGCCGACGCCCACCCCGAGGACGCCCGAGACCCCGACCUGAGCAGCGACGAAGACGUGGGCGGUGCCGAGGCCCUCGGCGUGGGCGAUGGGAAGGGCGGCGAGUCGUCCCCCAAGCCCUCGCCCCACAUCGAUGUGUCGGGCGGCGGUCACAGCCCAAUACCGGCCCCGCCUUUCUUCUCCCCGGCAAAGAUGGCGGCAGAGAGUGACGCCAAACGGCCUGACCACAUGUCCGCCAUGCACAGGGUUGCCCACGCCUGCCACGCUGACCUCAAGCCCACGCCCGUCCCUGGCCACGCACUCGCCGGCGCCCUGGAGCACCACGCCGCGCACCCGCCGCCUCCCGCCUUCUUGCUGGCCGAGGAGGACCUGCACGCCGUCAAGCGGAGACGAGUGUCGGCCGAGUGCUCCGAGAUCGAGCUGACCUAACAAGGGCCGCGCCGCCCCCCGCCCGCCCCGCCGCCCAGGGCCCCGCCGCCGCCGCCGCCCUUGUUGUGCUAGUCACUGGAGGACCUCCGCUUAGUGUUCAGCUGCGCAAUGUUUGUUGGUUACGUGUGUGUGUGUGUGUGUGUGUGUGUGUGUGUGUGUGUGUGUGUGUGUGUGUGUGUGUGUGUGUGUUAUGACGUCAGCGGACAGUGAACUUAAGGACAAAUGCGUUACGAUAUACCAAUGGACAAUGAACACGCUUAUACAAACACAAACACACACACACACACACACACACACACACACACACACACACACACACACACAUGGACGAUGGACUGCUGCAUGGCCAGUCAGUCAGUCAGUCAGUCAAUGUCGUUGUGCCGAGUCACUUGUUCACACUCACACGCAUCAGACUCUCAGUGUUUCCUGUAUAACAAAAAAAAAAAGUAAUCCGUGGUUGUAUUACUCUUCCGUCUACCUUGUACCAUAGACUCUAGCACCAGGAGAGCAUCAAGGCGCCUCUCCACCAGAAAUUGACCUCUCUUCCGGCCUCUCGUUCUGUUCUCUUUCGUCGGAGCAGCGUCUCGCCCUGGGCCUUUUUGUUGCUGGUUUUGUGUGUGAUUUUUUUUUGCCCUUGAGCUGCCUCCUUUGCUGAAGAGAAAAAAAAAGUAUAUUCCCGCAAAGAAGAUAAAUACGAGCCGACUAAACCAUCAAACACACCGAUCGACAACAACAAAAAUAACAAUAAUAAUAAUACCUUGGUUUUAGAUAAAGGAUAUGCAGAAUUAAAAAAAAAAAAAAAAAAAAAAAAAACAUGAGCUCCCCAUGUUAACCAUAAGAGCCCUUUCUCUACUUCC